CCGCUGAGGGCGGGGAUGCACGUGCCCGGCUCUGGUAACCGCGGGUUGGGGUUGUCUUCUCCAGGUCAUUGGCGAGCUGAACGGAAAGAAUAUCGAGGACGUCAUUGCCCAGGGUAUUGGCAAGCUUGCCAGUGUGCCCGCCGGCGGUGGUGCCGUGGCCGUCUCUGCUGCCCCGGGCUCCGCGGCUCCGGCUGCUGGCUCUGCCCCGGCUGCAGCAGAGGAGAAGAAAGACGAGAAGAAGGAGGAGUCCGAAGAGUCAGACGACGACAUGGGGUUUGGCUUGUUCGACUGAACCCCUGCUCCCUGCAAAUAAAGCCUUUUUACGUAGCUCUCGAGUGUUGCCUGGUGCCUCUGCUGCAGGCCGCAAGGCCGCUGCCCGCAGGGAAGCGCCCCGGAACGCCCGAGCGUCCACCUGCCCCCA